GCUUCUCCUUCAUUCUCUCUCUCUUCCUCCCAGCCUCCAUCGCUCACACACACACACACAUACGUACAGGUGCUGCUCUUUGGCAACCCUCUCUCAUUCACACACACUUUCAAAACUCCUCACAGGAUUGUAGUUCCUUCACUUUUCUGGUGCUGCAGAACUUGACAUUUUGCCUUCAUGGAGGAUUACCACAAACCUGACCAGCAGACAGUGCAGGCGCUGAGGAACAUCGCCCACCGCCUUCGAAUCAACUCCAUCAAGGCAACGACUGCAGCGGGCAGUGGACACCCCACAUCAUGCUGCAGUGUGGCAGAGAUCAUGUCUGUGCUUUUCUUCCACACUAUGAAAUAUCGCCCUGAAGACCCGAGGAACUUCAACAACGACCGUUUCAUCCUGUCUAAGGGUCACGCUGCUCCUGCUUUGUACUCCAUGUGGGUUGAAACAGGCUUCCUGAAGGAGAGCGAGCUGCUCAGUUUGUGCCAGGUUGAUUCUAACCUGGAGGGCCACCCAACCCCUAAGCAACAAUUUGUGGAUGUAGCUACUGGAUCCUUGGGGCAGGGUCUUGGUGUGGCCUGUGGAAUGGCUUACACUGGAAAAUACUUUGACAAAUCCAGUUAUCGUGUUUACUGCCUGCUGGGGGAUGGUGAGAUGUCAGAGGGUGCUGUCUGGGAGGCCAUGUCAUUUGCUUCCUACUACCAACUUGACAACCUGGUGGCCAUCAUGGACAUCAACCGUCUGGGUCAGAGCGACCCUGCGCCUCUGCAGCAUCACGUAGAGAAAUAUCAGAAGCGCUGUGAAGCUUUUGGCUGGCAUGCCAUCAUUGUGGAUGGACACAGCGUGGAAGAGCUUUGCAAGGCUCUGAGCCAGCCCCGCCAUCAACCCACUGCCAUCAUUGCUAAAACCAUCAAGGGCAAAGGCAUUCCAGCUGCAGAGGAUAAGCUGGGCUGGCACGCCAAACCUCUGCCCAAAGACAUGGCCGAGAUGGUUAUGAAGGAUAUGCAGAGCCGCAUCAUGAAUAGCAGCAAGCACCUGUACCCACCCGCUCCCAUCGAGGACUCCCCACCCGUCAGCCUGAGAAACAUCAGGAUGCCAAGCGCACCCAGCUACAAACCUGGAGAGAAGAUUGCUACACGGAAGGCAUAUGGGAUGGCACUGGCCAAGUUGGGCCGCUACAAUGAGCGUGUUGUAGCCCUUGAUGGAGACACCAACAACCUCACCUACUCAGAGAUCUUUAAAAAUGAGCAUCCCAACCGCUUUGUUGAGUGCUACGUCGCUCAGCAGAACAUGGUCAGUGUUGCUAUGGGAUGUGCUGUCCGUGAGAGGAACGUUGUAUUUGCCAGCACUCUUGCUUCCUUUUUCACUCGCGCCUACGAUCAGCUUCGCAUGGCAGCGAUCUCAGAGAGCAACAUCAACCUGUGCGGCUCCCACUGUGGUCUGUCCACUGGAGAGGAAGGCCCCUCUCUGAUGGGUCUGGAAGACAUGGCUAUGUUCAGGGCCCUUCCCACCUCAACCAUUUUCUAUCCCAGUGAUGGUGUGUCUACAGAGAAGGCUGUGGAACUGGCUGCAACCACAAGGGGAGUUUGCUACAUCCGAACCAGUCGCCAAGACAGUGCUAUCAUCUAUAACAGCAACGAGGACUUCCAUGUUGGACAGGCAAAGGUGGUGUACCAGAGCAAGGAGGACCAGGUGACUGUGGUGGCAGCUGGAGUGACUUUGCAUGAGGCUCUUGCUGCCGCUGAACAUCUAAAGAAAGAGAGGAUCUCCGUCAGAGUCAUCGACCCAUUCACAAUCAAACCACUGGACAUCAAAACCAUCAGCGACCACACACGUGCCACCAGAGGACGAAUCCUCACUGUAGAGGACCACUACUACGAAGGUGGUCUUGGGGAAGCAGUGUCCUCAGCAAUGGUCAAUGAAUCUGGCUUCAGUCUGCACCGUCUGGCUGUGUCCCACGUUCCCCGCAGUGGCAAACCACAUGAGCUGCUCAAGAUCUACGGCAUCGACCGUGACGCCAUCGCCCAGGCCAUCCGCAAGAUGCUCAGCAGCUCUACCAAUGCCAAGUAACUUUCUCCCUGCCCCACCCACCAUUCUGAUUACACCCAUGAAGAUGAAAAUAAGCAGUAUGUUUUUGAUUCACGACACCCAGCUCUUUAAAUUUGUUCACUGUGAAUACCCCUGAGUGUGUACUGAAGUAAUGUGAUUUUGUGCCGUACACUUUGAAGUAGAGUUCCACGUUUACCUUCCUUUCGUGCAUUCAUCACACACAAAGACACAAAUUGAAACACACAUUUUCUCACUCAUAAUCUCCGCAUUGUCCAGUUCAGUAAUAAAAAUGUGGCCAUACCUGACUUCGUCAUUGGUGGAUGCUCACUGUGCGAAACAAACCGUUAUUACAUGUUCAACUUGACUACUGUGUGAUGCUCUCAUGUGUUUUUAAAUGCUCUUUGAUUAACUUCAUUCAGCUGGAAGUGUUUUUAUAUUGUUCUGAUGUAGCUCUUAAUACUGGGUGGGGCUUAGUUUUAAAGUAGGUGUUCAUGACAGCAGUGUUAGAAAGAAGCUAAGUGAGUAGCUGUUUGUAGAAGGUAGUGGAAAAUAUCAGACAAAUGUAGGCAGGUCAUAAAGAGUUGUCACACAAAACCACAAGUCAUAUAUUUAGACAAUUCCAACUGUUGUGGUUUCCAAAAAUCGAUUCUCUUCAGCACUGUCUUUUGUUAUUGAUUAUUAAAGUCAUCAUGAACCAGCACACCUCAGUGUUCAUUUGUUCUUCAGCCGUGCAUUUGAACCAUGCCAACAGUGUAACUGUCUUUUUAAACAGUGGAGAGGCUGAAGGCCUGUCCAGUGCUGAUAGAGGAUCUAGUCAGCUGUGACUAUGAAGGUAGAUCGGUAGCUAUUUGCAUCUGACUUGAGAACCCGAGAACUAACACUUUCUUUGUUACUUGAAAUUUUGUAUGUACCAUACUUUCAUGUAAUAAAGCCCUCUGCAUUUGA